AUGACAAGUGAUAGUGACUGGAUUCCUAUGGCUCUGGAACCAGCUACUCUGCUCUCGGUGACGGAGAAUAAUGGUAUGGUUACCAGGGUCUACGUAACUCCCUGCAAGGAACCGAGUAAGAAAAAGCCGCUGGCGGAACGAAAAACUGAAGUUUUUCCCGAGGAAAACAAAAGCCUUUUCACCUGUCCGUAUUGUGGAAAUGGAAUUCGAACUGCCGGUGCUUUCAAGGUGCAUCUUAAAGCCUGCGAAAAACGCUUCGAAACGAUGGGGAUUCAUGGAACAGGAACGCCCCAGUUGCACUGCAGCAUUUGCAAGAAGACCUUCUCCACUGUGUCAUCCCUGAGUAGCCACCGGCUCGUGCACGGAAGUGGUCCAGUAAAACGACGCUGCGCAGCCUGCAAAAUCAACUUCGAGACGGAACUGGAGUAUCGGACCCAUUUAGAAAGCCAUUUGAAGGAGCGAAAAUCCAAGGAUGAAUCCGAUGACGAUGAGUACACAGUCAGCAAAUUCUUCCAAUGUCUCUUCUGUCGAAAGGGUUUCUUAGCCUGUUUUAAACCUGGCCAGGUGUCCCGUCGAUACGCCUGCGACGAUUGCAUCAAAAACCUAAAAGUUCAAGAGGAGAACCAAAAGAAAACUGUUCCGGUCAAGAAAACGCCCACUUUUUGUUGUGAUCGAUGUGGGCGGUUGUACAGAUAUGAAGGUUUCCUUAACCGUCAUUUAAAGAUAUGCCACGAACCCAUUGCCAAAAAGAAGCAAAAACUUGAAAACAAGGAAACGAACUAGUCCUAGUCUCUUAGUUAGGAUGGAACAUAACUAAAAAAUAUAAUUAUUAUAAA